AUGGCCAACAGAAAAUUAUCCCAGGUCCCUUCCAAGCCAAACGAUGGCCGUAUCGACACUGGGAGCCGCGCAAUCCGCACUCGCAGCCACCAGGCCCUUCUGGAUCAAAAUCGGAUUCCACACGAGGUCACUCCAGCAACCACCCCAAUAAUCCCGGCGGAUGACAAAAACGGACGGUCUGGUUUCCUCGGUGGCUCAUCUGCUGCUCCUCCCUACAUGCAGACUCCUGCGAACAACCGCUAUUCCACGAUCCCUUUGUCCUCACAACUCUUGUCACCUCGCUAUGUCCCCAACCCCAUGAUUAAUCCAAUCUUCAGCCGUAGCCCGUCCGGCGUACCUCCUCCCUAUUUCUCUCAGCCAUCUUCUGCGUCUUCGUACAACGAUCAUAUAAACCCUUGCAUGUUGUUCAAUCAUUCUCGUUCUUUGGGUUCAACCCCAUCCUCAAGCUCGUCCUCUUUGGUGACCUCGAAUCCAGCAAAUCCCGAUCUAUUCGGUUCACCUUUGAAACGACCAGCUUCCCAGUCAGAGGCACUCGAGCGUUCUGGCGAGACAGACGACGACGAUCAUGGUUCCACUGUCACUUCAACCACAACCCCCGCUCUGAAUGAUCCACGCGCCGCUUGUCCUGACGAACCCAGGACCUUCCAGGUACAUUUCAAUAUCCAUCAAGAACAGGCACCCGAAGCCGACGCUCCCAACACCAAGCGUCGACGCACCCCUGGCGGGACUUGCCCCAGCCGUGCCAAGCCUGCCAAGCCUAAAUAUCAGAACUACAAACCUCCUCUGCCACACACACUCACACUCACCCCCAAAAAUUUGAUGUUUUCGCCGUUUUUGGCAACCAUCUUUCGGUCCUGCAACGAAAGCCUAGCCGGCGUGUCUGAUGCCCUUCUUCGCGCCUGGAACGAGCGUACCCUUUAA